GCUGUAAUAACUCCAGAAUCGCAAACCAGACACCCGUUCUUUGAUAAAUCUUGAAAUCCGGUGUGAGGGAACGGCUGCAUUGGUUCUUCAACAGGUCGCUCAGGACACCCGAUUGAGUGCAUCUGCCGUAUCCUUUGGCGCAAAACCAGGCUCUGAUUGAGUAGACUGCUCGCAACCUCCACUACGUUUCUCAAGCUCAGUUACGACGCUCCCAUCUGCGCCUGCUCACUUUCUCCCAAUCCCCAAGAUGGAUCAAGAUCAGGAAGUCUCUUUUCCCUUGCCUCGAGCACUGGAUACCCGAAUUCACAUGCGCAUAAUCACCAAGUCGGCAGUCAUCAUUGUCCAGCUCACCACAGUCUCUGCCGAGGAGAAACUGAGCAUAGUUCCCAUGGGUUCCAUGGUCUACGCCAUGCCCGACAAGUUCGCUCCAAACAUGCCCUUGUCGACACAAAUCUACAAGGAAGAGCCGACAGUCGACUUCACUACGCGGCUGGCUAAGAUCCUGGUCAAGAUGACCCAGAUGCCUGUCUAUGUGUCCAGCUCGCUCAGCCUGGCCAACACUGGACUUGGAGGAACUUUUGAGGAGGAGAUGGCCGCCAUGCAGGUGGUGGUUGAGAUUGCUUCGCAACGGCUCCAGCAUGUCAUCAAGCCGUCCAACACCCCUGCUGCCGCAGCACACACAGGAACGAGCAAUGCGUACAGUGUAUCCUUGGAGGAAGUGAAGAAUAAGACGGUGGGAACGCUCAAAGAACUGACCAUCAGGUCUACGGAAGCUGGCAAGUCAUAAUGACGUUGACCUGAUUGAGCAAAGCAUAGCAAACGGGCAAUGUAUUACGGGCGUGCUUAUCUGGCCCCGUGAACACCUCGAGCUCAUGAGGCUGCUUGGAAGCACCAAAACGGGAGGAUUCUAGAUGGCGGAUACGAUUC